AUGUCGCAAGAAGAGAUUGAGAUGCCGGAUUCUCUAUACUCCAAACUGACAGAGCAGCAUGCGCCGCAGCUGGAGAAUACAGAGUCCCUUUCAAACUCUAUCAACGCCAUGGGAGCUGCCGUGCCCGAUGUCUGUGACAUCCAGAGUCGCGAUGAGUAUUACGGCCAGUCCUCUCUCGUUGCAUUCAUUCAGCAGUGCGCCCCUGUGUCAACGUCAACCUCUGGGCCUCGCCCCCCGUCACGAUCCACUCAACCUAUAUCACCAUCGACUGCAUCUACAGCCCCGAGUCAGAGUUCUUUUGGCUCCCGCAAGAUGCACUCCUAUCUCUCUGAUGACUACUCACUUCCGCCGCGCCAGGCUGCAGACUGGCUUGUAGAGAUCUACUUCACCACCUCUCAUAUGUUCUACCCCUGGGUACACAAGGAGAGUUUCAUGAGGCGGUACGAACAACUCUGGUCAAGUCAUGACCCGAAAAAUCUGCACGAGCUGCCUGACGUAGGCCUUGGAGGACGAGGGUGCUCUACAGAGGUCUUUUACUGUGGCCUGAAUGCGAUUUUUGCCAUCGCGUGUGAAUUCUCCAACAUGCCUGUCCAAAGCAAGCGCUCCUCAUCCCUGUUAUUCUAUGAACGCAUGAAGAGUUUAUUAAACAUUGACAUCUUCGACAGUGGGAGCCUGGCCCAUAUCCAAGCGCUCCUUCUCGUCUCACUCUAUUUGCAGUGCACGCCUUAUCCUCGGCGGUGCUGGAACACGGUGGGGAUGGCAUAUAGGAUAUCAGUUGGCAUAGGGCUGCAUCUGAGUCGAUCUUCAAAUAAGUUUAAGCCCUUGGAGCGGGAGAUUCGCUGGCGGGUAUGGUGUGCCUGUGUGCAGAUGGACAUUUGCCUGUCGGCUGGAACCGAACCAGACGCACAAUCAGAAGCAGACGCAAUCUCCCACAACCAAUUUCUUUACGAGAACAUGAGGCUCAUAGGAAUCCUCGGCAAGCUACUGUCAACGGUCUACCACAGCACAGAGCCAGGUACCGACAAAGGUCAUCUUCAGCCGCCCUCCUGGGAUGCACAAGCUAUCAUGGAUAUUGAAAGGGAUCUGGAGAACUUCCAGUCGUCAUUGCACCCUGGUUUGCACUGGGACCCGAGCCAAGCAUGGACUAGGCCCAUAGAGCCCAUUUUCAAAAGGCAAUCAAAUACUCUCCAUGCCCGAUACCUUCACCUCAAAUUACUACUGUACCGGCCAGGUUUCAGCGGUCAUCGCUCGGGCAUACUGUCCGCACGAGAUAGAGCGCAGCAUCAAAAACCCGAGGCUAGUUCGUGGUCCCGACUAUAUCAGCGGCGCUGCGCAGAGGGUUGUGUUCAGGCCGCCUGUGACCUGAUAGAGUCGCUGUCAAAGGCCACUGUGCAGGACGCCACAGGAGCUUGGUGGUAUGGAGUUUUCUACCUCAUCAGUGCCGGCAUUGUCCUGGUUUCCGUGGACGCUAUCAAUACCGAAUUUGAUGGCGUGGGUAGCAAUGAACUAGACAGAGCCUGGGAACGUUGUCUGCAGACUCUUCUUCGCAUGGUGGAUGUCUAUCCCUCGGCUCGUGAUUACGCCGUCGCAUUGAACGGACUGAAACAACACGUACUUGGCGUUGGACAAAACGCUUCCCGUGCAGCAGAACACACUGGAUCAGACAGCAUUCGGGAUUCGACCUCGCGGGUGAGUAUGCAACAGGCUGUUCCAACCGCCACUUCCGACACCAACUGCAACAACGUGGCGUCAUAUACUGGUUUUAGCCCUCUCUUGGCCGACUGGGACUUUGGCCUGGAGGACAUCAUGCUCCCCCAGUGUCUACAGGAGGUUGACGAAGGCUUGUUGCCAAACCUGUCCUGA